AUGCGUUUCAGCCAGGACCCCGCAGCUUUCCAGCUUUGCGCAAACAGCUCCAUGUUCGACGGCGAAGAUUGCGGCUCCGCAGACGCAGAGCAGAUGAUUGAGCUCCGCUCCCCGAGUUCGGGGCCUUCAAGCCCGCUGUCCAUCAACUCGGACUCCAGCUGCACCAGUCCUGUAGCCAAGUCUGCCUCAACGGAGAAGAGGGUCAGGAGGCCCUUGAACGCCUUCAUCAUCUGGACCAAAGAGGAGCGCAGGCGGCUGGCGCAGCUGAAUCCAGACCUGGAGAACACGGACCUGAGCAAAAUACUUGGAAAGACCUGGAAGGCCAUGUCCUUGGCUGAGAAGCGUCCCUACAUGCAGGAGGCUGAGCGUCUGAGGGUCCAGCACACCAUCGAUUAUCCCAACUACAAGUACAGACCCCGCAGGAGGAAGCAGCUGAAGAAAAGCUCCAAGCCACAGACCGCUGAGGCCGCUCUCCCCACACUCUGCAGCCCAGGCCUCACAGUGCCCUACAACCUCACAUACCUGCUCCAGAACCAGCAGCAGACCUUCCCAAACACGCCUGCUUUCCCGGCUAACUUCACCCCUCUGCACAGCAGCUACCAAAACACUCCAGUGUUCCCAGACACAGCAGCAGCAGCAGAGACCUUCUCAAACAAGCCUGUGUUGUAUUCAAAUCCGCCUUCAUACCUGUCAGAGCACCAGCUGUAUUUUGGCAGUCAGCACGGGCACAUGCCGUGCGGUUUCUCUGCAGGGUCACACGUGGAGCAAGGGGAGUCCAGCUUUUACGGGGGCCCGCUGAGUCCUGCUGGGCCCUCCUUGGAUAUUUACUUGGAACAGGUUCAGCUGGACAUGCUGUACGAUCUGGACCGCAGCGAGUUCGAACAGUACCUGGGGCCUCCUCCACACAGGCCCGAGUCAGUGGAUCCCAGCAGCUACCAUCAGCAGAGCAGCCACAGAGAGGGACGCUCACUAUCAUAA